CCAUUUAGGAUGUAUAGUAGUGCACUACUUAGGGAAUAGGAUUCCAUUUAGGAUGUAUAGUAGUGCACUACUUAGGGAAUAGGAUUCCAUUUAGGAUGUAUAGUAGUGCACUACUUAGGGAAUAGGAUUCCAUUUAGGAUGUAUAGUAGUGCACUACUUAGGGAAUAGGAUUCCAUUUAGGAUGUAUAGUAGUGCACUACUUAGGGAAUAGGAUUCCAUUUAGGAUGUAUAGUAGUGCACUACUUAGGGAAUAGGAUUCCAUUUAGGAUGUAUAGUAGUGCACUACUUAGGGAAUAGGAUUCCAUUUAGGAUGUAUAGUAGUGCACUACUUAGGGAAUAGGAUUCCAUUUAGGAUGUAUAGUAGUGCACUACUUAGGGAAUAGGAUUCCAUUUAGGAUGUAUAGUAGUGCCCUACUUAGGGAAUAGGAUUCCAUUUAGGAUGUAGCAUAUUUCACUGGUUUCCCAGAGAGUUCUGUUCCUGAAGUGUCCCCAGAGGUAGAUCCUCAUUCUUCCCUGACAUCACCUAACUGCUGGCAGCAUAACUGGCUCCUCUCUCCUGCCAAGCACCAGUUCUCCCUCAUGCAGUGGCCUCAUGAAAUAUCUCCUCUCUCAGCACUGCAAUGCAACAACACCGCCCCCUUUUGUGAUGUCACUGCUGACUCCACCAGUAGGGGCGUGUCCUGACACCAGAUCUUCCAUCCAGCUUAGACUAGGCUGCAGCUCUUGGGGGAGGAAAGCUUUGACACUGCAGCGUACAGAGAUAAUAAUGGGGAAUGCACAGGAUAAGCCCUCUGGAUCCGGGGGGGCUAAAACGGACCAGGCCACCCCAGGAUUCAGGAGGAGAAGCAGAGCCGGGAGUACGGAGAAGCCCAAGGCAGGGAAGGGUCCCCCAGAGAAGGGGUCGAUGGCCAACGGAGCCACCCAGGGGGACAGGAACCAGAGUAAGGACAUCCCACCAGACACCAGCUAUCUGGACGCCCCCGCUGGAGCUCUGCCGCCCCACCUGGGCCGGCUCAAGAACGAGGGUAACCACCUCUUCAAAAAAGGACAGUUUGCAGAUGCUGUGGAGAAAUAUUCUGCAGCCAUCGAUGGCUGCUGUGACGCAGGUAUAGAGAGUGGAGAGGACCUGUGUAUUCUCUACUCUAACAGAGCUGUUUGUUGUUAA